CGUGCGACCGGAGGAGGGGGGUAGGGAGGGCAGACGGGAGAACAUCUGAUCGCACUCAUUUCUUUUUCCAUCAGGUCACUUGUGUACUGAGUCUCAUCAUGUGAGGACAGCAGCUGUUCUGAAUGGGACAUGGAGCCCGGGCCCGAGUCCGAGUCCGAGUCCGGGUCCUCUCUGCAGGCCGCAUCGCAGGCGGGCAACGUGAGCUGGACAGGGGCCGCAGGGCUCGGUGUGUCUGGGCGGGCCCAGCUGGUCCUGGAGGUCCUGAUGGUGCUGAUGUGUUUGGGAGCUGUGACAGGUAAUAUACUCGUCAUUGUUAUCGUGGCUGCAAACAAGACUUUCCACACGGUGACGUCAGUGCUCGUCAUGAACCUGGCCGUCAGUGACCUCCUGGUGGGCGUCGGAGUGAUGCCGUUUGUGGCCUUGUCCAUCAUGAACCGUGGAUGGGUGGAUUGUGCUGGUCUCUGUCUGUACGUGGGCUACACCUCCUCCGUUUACUGCACAGCCUCUGUUCUAACUUUAGCCGCCAUCGCCCUCGACCGCUACCACUCCAUCAUGGACUGCCUGCGCUACAGCUCUCGCUGCACCCCGUGGAGGACCGGCGCUGUGGUGAUGUGGAUCUGGCUGCAGGCUCUGCUCACCAGUUGCCCCCCCCUGCUCGGCUGGGGCUCCAUCGGCUACGUGGCUCCCGUGUACAGCUGUGCAGUCAACUGGUCCAGCAGUUCCAGCUACGCGGCUUUCACGGCCGCCCUCUCCUUCCUCGUGCCCGCGGGGGUCAUCCUCUUCUGCUACGGCAACAUUGUUAAGGUUGCACGGAGCCAUGCCAGGAGGAUUCACACAUUGGAGGAAUCGGUGCAGCGCGGCAGGAAUCAAGACUCUGCCUCUUCUCCACGUGGUUCAUCUCACCAGUGCUGCCCCUCCAGACUGAUUUAUCAUAUAAGCGGAGAGUUUGUGUCUGAGAUAAGAAAGGAACAGGGGCAUUAUAUGAGCUCUGCUUUCCCUGAUUCUGCUCCAGAGAAGAAUAACUCAACAUCCAGGCAUUUCUUCACCUCCCUGUUGCAGCAUCACCAAAACCACCAAGGACUUCUGCGUUUAUUUCUGGUUAUCGCAGCCUUCUUACUCUGCUGGACGCCUUUCAUAUGUGUGGCCCUGGUUCAGGCCGCAGAAACGGCAAUUUCAGGCCGGACCAGCCUGGUCCCGCCCCCUGCCGUCACCUUUUCACACCUGCUGGUGUUGCUGAACUCUGACAUCAAUCCUCUUUUGUAUGCUCUGCUCAGCAAGCGUUUCCAGUGCGCUCUGCGGGGACUGGGGCAAAAGAGCCGAGCAGGUGUUGGGAUUUUUGUCUGCAGGGGAGAGGAGGUCAGAGCAGGUGACCCCAGUACCCUCGUCACCACCCACCCUGGUCCGCCUUCCUGUUCUGAGACUCUGACUGAUUAUUCCUCCGUUUUUACCGUGAGCACCGACUUCAAACAUUACUCCAAGGAGCAUCAAUGCAAACUGUGUCACCACAAAGACAUCUCUCCCUCCUGUUUGAGUGAGCAUGAUGAUGAUGCUGCUGCUGGUGGAUGUAAGGUGGACUGCCUGCAGGUCCCCUCUCGACCACAAGAGGGCAGCAGACUACCUUUCUCUGCUCUGACCAAAGAGCGUCAGGCCACUUUCUUCUUCGGCCAGAUCGCAGUGAGAGUGGAGCAUGAUGUUUGUUAAGACUGACAAUUGAAGAUGCUGUUGGAUUUGAUUAGGACUAAAAAUCAAAAUCUUUUAUAAUUAAGAACCCUCUCAACUGUUUUCUCAAUUUAUCUGUUAGACAUUUAAAGAAACAAAAUACAAUUUGUUAAAGCCUAUACUGGCAUCAUUGACCUUAUUAUGUCUGACCUAAAGGUUACAAACUUUUAAUAUUGAAAUCUGAUACUUUUCUGGUGUUAAACUAUAAAAACUUUACUAUGAUAUCAGACAAAGUUAAGCAUAAAAAAAUCUCUUGAACCCUGUUUCCAGAAAAAAAGUUGACAGUGUCAAAUAUAAAAUGACAAAAGGGAAGAUUUGCAAAAGAUUGAAACCCAUAUUUAUUUGGAGUGUAGUUAAAAGACGACCUGAAGCUACAGGGGGGUAAACAUGAUCCUGUCUCAUGUGAUCGACAUCAAAUUCAAAAUGGGCGUAUAAUUUAUAAAACAAUGACUGAUUUGUCAGUUUCCAUAUUUGACACAGUGUCCUUGUGCUCAGUGUUUCUUUAUGUUUGUAUCCACAUUUAAAUCAAAGUCUUCACUAUUUUGGAAACAUGGUUUCAAAGAUGAUCACAAGGAUUAACAGAUGAUAACAAAAGUCGCAGGUUAAAGGUGUCAUCUUCUCCUCCUCUUUAGUUUAA